AUGUACUGGCCCCUCGCGGCCCCGAAUGUUUAUGCUUUGACGAAACACUCGGUCUUGCGGUCCAGGUCUGAAGUCUCACGGGAUGGGUUGCCGGCCGACGAAUCUACCUCGUCCUCAGCUGGCGCAGAUCGACCGCCUCAAAUAGAUACACCAGCAGUCAACAGCGCCGGCGCUGAUGCUGAAUUUGAAGAGCAUGAAAUAAUAGAUGUGAAAGUGUCGCGCGGAGGCGCAAUAUUCGCUUCGAUCACUCGACACACCUUGACCAUAUGGCAGACAAAGCCUGUGGUCGCGCUUGCAGCGAUUGAGAGAUCGCAUCAGUCAAUCAAGUCAUACGGGACCAAUACAGCGUUGUUGCUCCGACCAGAUGCGCUGAUCAUUGUCCUGCAAACUAGUCAAGGGUACCUCAUCACCUAUUCCUUGGCUACGGAUCCGUCGGUCAAAGUCUAUGAGACACGCAUAGUCGAUUCGAACAAGCAUACUCGGAAAAGUAGUGUCGAUGGUUACAAUAACCUCAAAAGACCAAACUCUACUGGAGUGAGUGGUGGGCCGGGCGAGGGCGAUGGCAUACGCGAAGUCAACAUUCGAUUUCGGAUGGUGGUGCGUAUCGAUGCUGGGAUUAGCAACGUGUUGGCACGUGAAGAUGAGCUAGUGGUCGCGACCCAGAAGCCUUCGGCGCUGCAAUGCAUUCGUUGGGUGGCAGAAAGCGGUUCGUCUCAAACAAGUACCGAGCUUGUGAAUCGCAUGAGUUGGAUCGGGAAGAAGUGUACCAUCGUCGAAAUGCUUCACGACCGUCCGAUGGACUUGACUACAUGGAUCACUAGUGAUGGACGUGCAUUUGCAGUCACCAGGAGAACGAGUGCAAAUCCCGACCCCGACAACCCCAAGAGCCUUUUCCACGGAACCUGCUUUCGAGAACCGACAUCGGACCAAGACAGGGCAGUCCGCAUCGCAGUCAAUGCCAAGUUUUCGCUCGUAGCAAUUGGCUGCGAAGACGGCAAUAUCGAUGUUUAUGCGGUCAAAGAUCAUAUCGGAAACAUCGCUCCAUCGCACAAAGUGAAAACACCAAUCUCAUCAAUUGGCCCCGGUCGUCUCCACUGCUUGGUAUAUUCUCCUGAUGGCUACUGCCUUUUUGCUGGUUACGAGAGAGGGUGGGCUACAUGGAGUGUAUAUGGAAAGCCAGGGGUAAACACAUUCAGUCAUGAUCAGGAACUGACAUCCGCCAACGACGAGUCGUGGCUUCAGGGCAUCAAAAGCGCAUUCUGGAUAGGCAAUGGCUGCGAGCUGGCGUUGCUACCUUUGAACGAUAACCGGCUGUGGUUUCUGAACGUAGCCCGUAGCGCCACCACAAGCUGCUUUUCACCACCAAAUGUCUCUCGUGGAUUACUGUUCUCCAGCACCAGCAUUAUGGUUUACAAGGGGCAUGAAGUGGAGAACGUAAUGUCCCUUCCCUCAGACAUGCCUCUGUUACAGACCAUUCAAAUUCCUUCGUACUAUCUUACACAACAAUGGCCGAUCAAGCAAGCUGUCAUAUCUGCGGACGGGAAAUAUGUCGCAGUCGCUGGUCGUCGAGGCCUUGCACACUACAGUCUCUCGAGCAAUCGUUGGAAGACUUUUGACGAUCCACAUGCGGAGAAUGAGUUUUCUGUCCGGGGAGGCAUGUGUUGGUACCAGCACAUUCUGAUAGCAUCUGUGGAAGCUGCAAAUAAGCCCCAGAUCCGGCUUUACUCCAGGGACAAGUCGCUCAGCCAUACUCACAUCCAGCAUAUCGAAGAUUUGCCCGCACCAGCAAUAUCAACCACCGUCUCGGGCUCCGAUUCCGUACUUGUUUUUACUCACGACAACACCUUAUUACAUUUUGUCAUUGUCAUUGGUGCAAACACUACGGCUCGACUUGUCCAGAUGGGUCAAAUUGGCUUCCACGGUAUCAUACGAGCGCCUUCUCGCGUCCGCGCUAUCAGCUGGGUCAUUCCAGAAGAGCAAAUAGAGCACGGCGAUCCCUCACAAGACGUCACGACUGCAUCGGUACUGUUUCUGAUUGAUGGGAAAUUGGUCCUCCUCCAGCCCUCGACCAACGAUCGAGGCGAAUUGAAAUAUGAUAUGCGCUUAGUCGCGCAUAACGUGGAAUACUAUCUACUUUUGCGCGACCAGCCUAGCAUUUCGAAUUCACUAAGCAGUGGGCAGGCCGAGUCACCAGGUACAGAUGCCCGUGAUUUUGGCGCAAGCUUUGGACACAGCCUGCGGGAGUCAAUGUGGUACUUUGAUGGCACCAGUCUGAAUGUAUGGUCAGACGUCCAGGAUGUCCUGGCCUGUGCCCCUAACGACCUCGAAAGGGAUUUGCCGCAAGCAGUAACAAUUCCCGUCGAAUUCUACCCUCUGUGUACAGUGGUCGCUAAGGGAAUCGUUGCUGGAAUCGACAGCGAGCUGAUCCAACGUCGCGACAUCAACUUCAGCCUUUUCCGCCACGCCGCGCGCACUCAGCUAUUUCUUCCACAUCUGUUGAAGUACCACCUCGGCGAGUUUAAUGCUCCUGCUGCUCUGCACUUGUCAAACUCUUACCAGCAUUUGCCGUACUUCUCACACGGUCUUGAAGUUUUGUUGCACAAUGUUCUGGAUGCUGAGGUGGAUAAUCCACCCUCCCUACCCGAGACAGCUCUUCUGCCGCCGGUGUUGUCAUUUCUCUCUGCAUUCAAGUCGUAUUUGGACAUUGUUGUCAACUGCACCCGCAAAACCGAAUUGCGCAGCUGGGAGACGCUUUUCUCAUAUCUACCGCCCGUGCUCAGUCUCUUCGAGCAAUCGCUGGCACAAAACAAGUGGAACACUGCUGCAGGUUACCUGCUCGUCCUGUACGCCUUCGAACAAGAUCCCAAAGAUAAAGAAUUCCAGGUACAUGAAUUCGCACGGUUGUUACGAUUGGCCGCACAAGACGGUGCAUGGGAAAUCUGCAUGGAGGUGUCACGCUUCCUGCUUGGGAUUGAUGCUUCUGGGGAGACCCUUUCGACAGCUUUGGCAGAAGCAGGUCUGUCUAGAGGGACCCGCAAUGGCGUAUCGCCACAGCUUGCAAGCGUGGACGACGUUGUGGCCCAGCACAGCAUCGAAGACGUCGCAGCAUCGGCAGGCAGGGUUGGCAGCAGAGGAUCAGGUAGUGGAUUGUCCUCAGAAGCUACGAGUAGGGCGGCCUCAGUAAGCUCGCCUGCUGUUGGUCUUGAUUAUUUUUCAUUGCAGUGGCGGAAAGAUCGUCAGCCUUGA